AGAGCGCUGCAUUAUCAUUCAAGAACAGACAACAGCAAGGCACAGGUCAGGCGAAACUCAGCAAUGCUGCAGGCAAUUACCCUCAGGGUGAUGCUUGCCGCUAGCUUCCCGCUGCUGACAAUCCCAGCUUGCUUCAAGGGUACAUCAGCUCAGUGUCAGGAUGCAGAGUUCGCUCCUGGGUCCGACCUGGCAGGGGAAGGCUUCGACAUCACCACGAUGCAGCGAAAGGGGGCCUUCGUCAUUGAUAUGAGCGUCUGGAUGCUGAAGAAUGAAACUUGCACCCUCUGCAGAAACCCCUACAUGGAGGGGAAGAAGCAGAAGCUGCCGCUUUCGGUGGUCAACUGGAGACCCAGCAAAAAGUGCACCAUGAAGUUGUCUAGCUCAGUUUACCAGUCCAGCGAAUCCCUGCUCAGCUCUAGCACCUCUGCUAUUGACAACAACUGGAAGGUAAACUUGGGAAUCAUUGAUAUAAGAGGUAAGGGGUCACUGAUGCUGGCCGGCACUAACUCAAAGCUGGCUCAGUAUUCGAUGGAGAAAACCAAAAAGGACAAGUUCAGCUUCACGAGUCAUGCGGUCUCAUGUGGAUACUACAGUUACAGAGUUUCGAGCCGUCCUGCUGUGCACCCCGAACUGACGUAUGAAAUAGACAGGCUUCCUGAGAAAUACGACAACAAAACCAAGUACAGCUACUACAAACUCAUCGACAAGUUUGGUACUCAUUACAUUACAAAGGUGACCCUGGGCGGAGCCGUCCACUCAGUGACCAGCAUCCGACAGUGUCACGCGGCCCUGCAGGGUCUGAGCAUGGAUGAGGUGAAGACAUGUCUGGAUGUCGAGGCGUCCGCCAGCAUGAUGGGAAAGAUGAGCGUAACAACAGAAUAUCAUCACUGUCAGAAAGUCGAGGACAAAACUCUGAACAAGAAGAGCUUCUCCAGCAGCUUCAGCGACAGGGUCACCGACAUCAUUGGUGGACACACUGAGAAUGCUGAGCUUCUAUUCUCUUCGGAUAAAGACCCUGCUGCCUAUAAAGAUUGGCUCUCCUCCCUGCCCCAACACCCCGAGAUCAUCUCCUACUCCCUCAACGCUCUUCAUGAGCUGCUGCCCGAGAAGAAGCCCACUCACGAAUAUUUACGGAAUGCCAUUAAAGACUACAUCCUGCAGAGAGGCCUGGUGAAAAACUGCUCGAAACCUUGCAACGCCGGUAUCAAAACCAAUCCCAAGGAGCCGUGCAUCUGCAGCUGCCACAACAACGCUGGGGUCAACAAUGACUGCUGUCCCGCCCGCCGCGGACUGGCCAAGGUCACUGUAAUUGCAGUCAGAGCGAGCGGCUUGUGGGGAGACUAUUUCACACAGACGGACGGAUACGUCAAGGUCCUGCGCAAUGGCAAGAUCGUUGUGGGAGAAACACCGGUGAUCUGGAACCGUAAUUCCCCAACCUGGAACUGGAAGUUCGAUCUUGACAUUAACGACCUGACUCAGUUCACCUCUGUGAAGCUGGAGACGUGGGACCGUGACAACAAAUGGGAUGAUGACCUUUUGGGGGCCUGCCAGGUCCAGCUAAAAGCUGGGUUACAGGACAACUUCUGUCACCUGAACCACGGUCUUCUGUACUACAAAGUCCAGGUGACUUGCAUUCCAAGUUUAACUGGCCCAACUUGCUCUAAGUAUGUGCCCUCACCUAUGUCCUCUCAGCUGGAGAAGGUGUACGUUUCUCGCCAUGCCAGGCCCAUUCCCAAAGACAUGCUGCUGGAGAUGGGGGUGCUUUUAGACGAGCGCAGUUUCAAUUCCAGUCAGAGUCAUGAGUUUCAAACAGUUCACAAAACUAAAGGCUUCAUCCUGUGAAGUAGUCGGGUACUUCGUAUGGUUUUCAUAUAAUUUGAAAAUGCCAGCUGUCCUUUACAUUGUGAGAAUAUUUCAUGGUGAACAGACAUAGUCUAAAAUGAUCUGGAAUAUAUGUACAUAUAUAUGUG